UGUUACUCACCAAACCAUCACCCACAAAAUCAAACUAACCAUACUACACCAGACACUCCUCCUACCCUUCAAACAGCAAUUUCUCUCUGCAUUAUAAGAGUGCAUUUCAUCUUGGAUUUGUUUGCUGAGUCUUUUCUAACAUGGCUGGGAAUGGAUUGUUUGCAGAGAUUUUAGAUGGAGAAGUGUUCAAGUACUAUGCUGAUGGAGAAUGGAAGAAAUCCACUUCUGGAAAAAGUGUUUCCAUCAUCAACCCCACUACCAGAAAGACUCAAUACAAAGUUCAAGCAUGUUCACAAGAGGAGGUUAAUAAGGUCAUGGAUUCAGCAAAAUCUGCACAGAAGUCAUGGGCCAAGACCCCGCUCUGGAAGCGGGCUGAGCUUCUUCACAAGGCUGCUGCAAUCCUCAAAGAGCACAAAGAUCCAAUUGCAGAGUGCUUGGUGAAAGAAAUAGCAAAGCCAGCCAAAGAUGCAGUUACAGAGGUUGUAAGAUCUGGAGAUUUGAUUUCUUACACUGCUGAAGAAGGGGUAAGGAUUCUGGGAGAGGGAAAGUUCUUGGUGUCGGAUAGCUUUCCUGGAAAUGAAAGGACGAAAUAUUGUCUCACAUCCAAGAUUCCAUUGGGUGUAGUUUUAGCCAUUCCACCUUUUAACUAUCCUGUCAAUCUCGCUGUCUCUAAAAUCGGUCCUGCGCUGAUUGCUGGAAAUUCCAUUGUUCUCAAGCCUCCAACUCAGGGAGCUGUUUCUGCUCUGCAUAUGGUUCAUUGCUUUCACUUGGCUGGUUUUCCCAAAGGCCUAAUCAGCUGUGUUACUGGUAAAGGCUCAGAAAUUGGUGACUUUCUUACUAUGCAUCCUGGAGUGAACUGUAUAAGCUUCACCGGUGGAGAUACCGGCGUCGCAAUUUCAAAAAAGGCAGGCAUGAUCCCCCUGCAAAUGGAGUUGGGAGGAAAAGAUGCAUGCAUUGUUCUUGAGGAUGCUGACCUGGAUUUGGUUGCUGCUAACAUUAUAAAGGGUGGUUUUUCAUACAGUGGUCAGAGAUGCACUGCUGUUAAGGUUGUCCUGGUAAUGGAAUCUGUUGCUGAUGCUUUGGUUGAGAAAGUGAAGGCCAAGGUGGCAAAACUAACUGUUGGACCCCCAGAGAAUAACUGUGAUAUCACCCCAGUUGUGACUGAAUCAUCAGCCAACUUCAUCGAAGGCCUGGUCAAUGAUGCAAAAGAGAAAGGAGCAACAUUCUGCCAGGAAUACAAAAGAGAAGGAAAUCUUAUUUGGCCUUUGCUGCUGGAUAAUGUUAGGCCAGACAUGAGAAUUGCAUGGGAAGAGCCAUUUGGACCUGUUUUGCCAGUGAUUAGGAUCAACUCUGUUGAAGAAGGGAUCCACCAUUGUAAUGCUAGCAACUUUGGACUUCAGGGAUGUGUGUUCACAAAGGAUAUCAACAAAGCAAUGAUGAUCAGUGAUGCAAUGGAAACAGGAACAGUUCAGAUAAAUUCUGCCCCGGCUCGCGGGCCAGAUCAUUUUCCCUUUCAGGGUAUAAAGGACAGUGGGAUUGGAUCCCAAGGGAUUACAAACAGCAUAAACAUGAUGACGAAGGUCAAAACUACUGUGAUCAACUUACCUAGCCCUUCUUAUUCCAUGGGUUAGUAAUACUAUAGGUUAUGUGUGUGGGGAAGAAUCAAUUUACAGUAAACUCCAUGAGUUAUGAGGAGCUUACAAACCGCAUGAGUUUAGCAUUGCAAUUCUCUUUUGGGCUGGGAAUCUGUGAUAAAUAACUGAGUGUGAUAAAUCAGUCACAUAGCUACUUCAUGUGUCAACUUAUUGUACUAAUAUCUAAGCAUCUUAUGAAUCUAAAAUUUAUCCUGUGUUUCUAUUCA